AAUAGAAGCCGACAAAUGAUAAACACAACAAGAAACUCGGAAGACUGUGCAUCAGUGGAUGCCACCAACAAGGAACAAAAGAAACCAAAUUUUAUAUGCGGUGUUAUAGAGGGAUUUUACGGCCGACCAUGGACUACGGAACAAAGAAAAGACUUAUUUAGGAAACUUAAAAAAUGGGGUAUGGAUUCGUAUGUAUACGCUCCAAAGGAUGACUAUAAGCAUCGUGCAUACUGGCGUGAACUUUACACGGUCGAAGAAGCAGAUCACUUAGCUGGUUUAAUAUCGGCCGCCAAGGAGCACGGUAUUACGUUUUAUUAUGCUUUAUCUCCCGGUUUGGACAUGACGUACAGCAGUCAAAAAGAGUUGCAGACCUUAAAACGUAAAUUGGAUCAAGUCUCUCAAUUUGGUUGUGAAGCCUUUGCACUUCUUUUCGACGACAUUGAAUCUGAACUGUCCAAGGGAGAUAAAGAGGUUUUUCAAACGUUUGCCAACGCUCAAGUCUCGGUGACCAAUGAAAUCUACACUCACCUGGGCAACCCGCGCUUUCUUUUCUGCCCUACCCAAUAUUGCAGUUCACGUGCUGUACCUACCGUACAUGAUUCUGAGUACUUGAAUACAUUGGGUUCAAAACUAAAUCAUGACAUAGAUAUCAUGUGGACUGGCGACAAAGUCAUAUCGAAAAUAAUUUCUGUAGAAUCACUGCAAGAGAUAACGGAAGUACUGCGACGUCCUCCAGUUAUUUGGGAUAAUUUACAUGCCAACGACUACGACCAGAAGAGGGUUUUCUUGGGUCCCUAUUCAGGUCGCUCGCCGGAAAUUAUACCACAUUUAAGAGGUGUUAUGACCAAUCCGAAUUGUGAGUUCCAUGCCAACACUGUGGCUAUUCACACGCUAGCCUAUUGGUCGCGUUGUGUACUCGAUUCCCGAGUGAAUAGUUCCAUAUCGGCUGACAUUAGGCUGGAGACUGAAAACGAUGAUGAGAAUGGUUCAGAUGAUUUGCCAGUGGAUUGCUGUUUGUCGAAGAAUAUCUAUCAUCCCCGAAUGGCAUUGAAAAAUGCCAUAUCCGAGUGGCUACCAGAAUUCUUCGUUGAAAAAGAGGCAUGGGGACCAAUUACAAAACCACAACCUCAAGUGACCCUUGUAAUGCCCAUCAUACCUAUUAUACCCUCCAUCAAUACGUGUAUGAGCUUAACGACAACAACUACGACAUCCACCAAUGCUAAAACACCCAAUGUCCCCCAAGUGAAUACAACGCAACUACAAGCCUUGGCUGAUGUGUGCAGUACCGUAAAUUCAUCCUCCGUGAAUCCUAUUUCCAAUGCGGUGAUGAAUUCGUUGGUGUCACCUACGAAGGUAGUAACCAACGAAGACAUCAUCAAUCCUAUUCCAACAUGUGUAGCAUCAAAUAUCGAGUUACCCAAGAAGAUACCUAUCUCCAUAGUGUCAGUACCAAUAAUGGUAUCGAAAGAGGUAAACAGCGAUAGUGAUGACAUGCGUGAUGUGGAUGAGAUUGCACCGGCUACAAAGGCUGAGGAAGUGCCGGUUAAACCGGAUACUUCCACUACUAGCGAUAAGGAAUUUUUACCCGAGGUCCCGGAGACUUUAAAAGACGAUAACAAAUUGGAAGAGGAUGUCGCAAUAGAAGAGAAACCCGGAGAUGCUGACAGUUCAGGUCUCUCAAUUGACGCAAUGACCGAUGACAACAACCUAAGCCCAGUCAGUGCUGGCAAUGAACCAAUGGAAUGCAGCAGUAGUUUAACCUCGCAAAUCUCCGCAAAAGAUGAGAACGGCAAAGCUGGGGCGGUAAAUGUCAACGAGGACGUUAUUAUGGCCGAAACAAGUUCAAAUAGCGAUAAUAUCAAUAAUACUAUGCAAGUUGAGAGCGUUGAGUCAUCCCCUAUAUCUAUAGCCGAGAUGACAGAAGUGGAAAAGUAUGUAGUUUGUUUGGAAUGCAUUGUGUGCCCAGCUAAUGACUUUUCGUCUAUUUAUAGGGUGCCUAUUGAAGCCUCUAAAAUUAAUGCAGAAGAUUUGUAUUUCCUUUGCGAUUUGUUCUAUUUACCAUUCGAACAUGGAUGUCGUGGCUUCAAAUUACUCAAUGAAUUCAAUUGGCUUAAGGCGAAUGCCCACGUCUUGUUGGAGGCAAAAUCAGCGAAAACUACUCCUGUCGCUGACGGCUCCACAAAACCUGAAGUGGCCGAGUGGUUACAGAAGGCCGAAUAUUUUUCAAAAUUAUGCAAAUCGGUGUACGAACUUUUACAGAAAGUUGCUCUGUGCGAAAAUAAGGAAAUAUGUCAUGACUUGUUUUCUUACGUCUGGGACAUUGCUGGGGCGUUGUCCCUUUUGGAUGCUUUUGUAAAGUGGCUUAGCUUGGGCCAUUUUCCGACCAACGUCUACGCAUACACCCAAGGAAGUUAUACAUGGUUCAGCAAAGGCUGGAAGGAAGCUUUUAUGUCGGGCGAUCAAGAGCCAUGGGUGUUCCGCGGCGGCCUAAUUGCUGAUUUACAAAGAUUAAUGCCUAUCGAUCAGGGCAACGACUUAUUUGUCUACAAAUUGCCUGAACUGCCAACCACAGAUUAUUACACAAUGCGCCCCUAUAGCGUAAUGGAUGAAGCUGCCGUUAAUAUGGUCUGUACCCAAGGUUUUCUGACAUUAUCCAUCCCAACAUCCGCCGAGGAGAAAGAUAUACCAUUACAUUUGAAUUCGAAGUUUACGGAUCUAAUUGCGGACAGUAUUAUUGGACCAUUUGUCACCUUACAUCCUGAAUUUUGUAUUGUGGCAACUGAUUGCACAAACAAAGUUGUAGGAUAUGCGGCUGCGGCACUGGAUUUCCAUGCGUUUGCCCGUAAUGUUCAAAUCUGCUGGAUACCCGAAAUGAAAGAGAAAUAUCCAGAGAGCUCGGAGGAAUUGGAAAUGUUUGACAUAGUGACACCUACAUCUCAAAAAGCCGGGGCAACUCUGCGCUCAAUGAUUAAGGAGUUCCAUGGCUAUGAACCGCAGUGUCCACCUGAAGUCAGUAGUUCUUAUCCGGCCGUAAUGACGUCUGCUGUAUUGGAAUCGUGCCUAAACCCAGACUACGGUGUUGCCAAGCGACUAAUUACCGUUCUUUUGGCAACAUUAAGGGCCAAUGGUUGCCUUGGGGUCCACAUACGAUUGUCGGCUAAGGAGGCUGGCAUGGAAUUGUUGCAAUACUAUGCACGACUUGGUUUUGCGGAAAUUUAUCGCGAUGGGCCAGAUUACAUUUACUUUGGACGUCGUUUCUAGCACCGCAAA